CUCUCGUUCGCGCGCUCAUCUCCAUCAUCCUCUCUCUACUGAGAAAAAUCCCGCCAGCGCGAAACAGAUGGGAAGGCACCCGCGGAUUUUGCGACCGUUACUAAGCAGAGAAUAGCCGUCAAAACUUAACGGACAGCGAAAAGAAGUUCAAUUUGUCCAGAAGACUUCUGGACUGAGAACUUGAGGACAUUUCACGUCUGUUCACGACUGGAAAAGGCAGGGUGGGCCAUGCCAUUCGGCUGUUUAAAACCUGGCGAGAAGAAGGACUACAACAGUCCAACAGAAAUCACAGACAAAUAUGAUCUGGGCCAGAUUGUUAAAUCGGAGGAGUUCUGUGAGAUCUUCAGGGCAAAGGAUAAGAACACACUGAAAAUGUACACCUGCAAAAAAUUCCUGAAGAAAGAUGGAAGAAAGGUGCGGAAGGCUGCCAAAAACGAGAUUCUCAUUCUAAAGAUGGUAAAACACCCCAACAUCCUCCAGCUGGUCGAUGUCUAUGAGACCCGGAAAGAGUACUACCUGUUCCUUGAGCUAGCCACAGGUCGGGAGGUAUUUGACUGGAUUCUGGAUCAAGGCUAUUAUUCUGAGAGGGACACCAGCAAUGUUAUCAGACAGGUGAUGGAGGCAGUUGCUUACCUGCACAGCCUGAAGAUUGUUCAUAGGAACCUGAAGCUUGAGAAUCUGGUGUAUUACAACAGACUGAAACAUUCGAAAAUAGUCAUCAGUGAUUUCCAUCUGGCAAAACUGGAGAAUGGACUCAUCAAGGAGCCCUGUGGAACCCCAGAGUAUCUGGCCCCAGAGGUUGUUGGGAGACAGAGAUAUGGCCGACCUGUGGACUGCUGGGCCCUUGGUGUGAUCAUGUACAUACUGCUCUCUGGAAAUCCUCCAUUCUAUGAUGAAACAGAUGAUGAUGACUAUGAAAACCAUGACAAGAACCUCUUCCGGAAGAUUCUUGCUGGAGACUAUGAGUUUGACUCACCAUACUGGGAUGAAAUUUCAGACUCCGCUAAAAACUUAGUGUCACGUCUUAUGGAGGUGGACCAGGAUCAGAGACUGACUGCACAAGAAGCCAUCAACCAUGAAUGGAUAUCUGGAAAUGCUGCAUCAGACAAGAACAUCAAGGAAAACGUGUGUGCACAAAUCGAGAAGAACUUUGCUAAAGCUAAGUGGAAGAAAGCGGUACGGGUCACUACCAUGAUGAAGCGUCUCAGGGCACCAGAGCAUCAGACGGCGGCACCAGUAGCAGCACCUGGUGCGCCCAACCCUGCAGCAGGGGCUCAGGAAAACCCUCAAGCUCCAUCGGAGGCCUCCACAGCCCCAUCGAGUACCGCUGAAAGCAACUCGACGAGCACAGAAGCCCCUGCCGUGGAAGCAGCGGCUGCUGCCGCCCAGCCUCCGGCUGAGCCUGUUCUUCACACCCCAGCUCCGGAGCAGCCCAAUCCUACACCGCGAUGCAACGGAGAGGCUUUAGCCCCCCUGCCAUCAGACACAGGGGAGGAACAGAGCAGUUAAUCUUGCUACCUCUCUCCCACCUGCGUUUAGAUCCCACACACAGCAAGCAUGCUAAUACUGAUCCCGCAGCACAUAGCAUUAAUCUCAACGCUCUGAUCGUGAGCCAACUUCUAAAACAUUUCCCAGCAAGCAUCUGUUUUCUAUUGAAUCACAAAGCUGUGUGACGUGUAUCGAAGGCUCUGGCCACUCUAACCUUGCGCAAAAGAAGAAAAAAGCUGUUUUCUGCUUACAUUAAGCCAAGAUUGGAAUCUUUAGCACUGAUCUGCAUACAUGUUUUAGGAUAGAUGAUUAAAGCAGGCCUCAUUUUAUAAAAGUACUUUUUUAUUUUAUUGCAUUGCAGUUUGUUAACAUCCAUCUUGAGCAGGAGCACCGAUACACAGCUUCAUGUGCGAUGUAUAGUUUCUGUAAAUAGCUUACUAACCUCUGUAGAUUAGACGUAGCCAAGAACAGCAUGCUUUUUCAAAUCUGCUGUUUAUGACAACAGAUAACUGCUACAUUCAGCUUCAGCUUUACAUGGCCAUUUCAUGUCUUGAUCGAACACGCGCUCAUGAAAUGUUGUCAUCAGUUAUGAAAAAUACUUCGGCAGCAACUAAGGCGGCUAAAUUCAUCUCAUAAUGGCAUUUUAAUGGUUGAGAUAUGUGGCCCAAUAAAUGGAGCAGAGUAGGUAAACAUAAGAAAUACCUCAAAUCUGCUUGGUAGCUAGCCACAUGAACAGUGGAAAAUGUGAUUUGUUCUUAUAAUGUAUUAUAUACUCAUUUGCAUACAAUUGUACAUGUAUUGAGUAAUAAUAUACUUGUCCAUUUUAAAAGUACAUAUAGCUACACACACUGAUCUUUGUUUUCAAUAGAAUUUCAUCUGAGGCAUAGAUGUACUACUAUUUUGAGACCCUUCAAUAUAUUAAUCCUUACAUUUUAUCUUUCAUUGUAUCUCACUUUACUAAUCUAUAAUGCAUUUGAAUAUAUUCUGAGAUAUUUAAUUUAUUCAACUUAAACAUAAAAUUAUAAAACAUA